AUGCUCAUCAAAAAUAUGAUCGGCGAGCCAGCAGCGGCGAAUAUGGAGGCUGUUUCUGAACCAAUUUCUCCAUCUGCCUCCAAAUUCACUACAAAAGUCCCUCUUAGCGAUCCAUCAUUCCCGCUGCGAUUAAAAUAUAGAACUCAUUCUGGUGGAGUCCGAAUUGGUCGAGUUCUUGAAGACUUGGAUACCCUGGCGGGCAUCGCCAGUUAUAAACAUAACUUAUCUUUGGCCCGGUGA